AUGAAGGCGGCUGAUGUGGUGCUGCCAAGAGAAGCAUCACCCAGCCGGCCAGCUCGCUGGAUAGACCCUCCAGCACCUGGCAGAACGAAAGGUUCUGAAAGUCAUGGGGUUUUCGCAUCCGCGCACGCACGAGAAAUGGCCGCUGGGCCACUCUUGAAGGCACAGCAACGGAUUGCACACAGCACACCAAGGCAGAAGCGCUGCGAGAGGACAGCAGCCGCCAAGCCCUUCGAGCACUUGCAGAACGGCCACGGAAAGGCCCAACACGCUUUGGUGUCCCGAGAUUUUAUUGUGACUGCACAGGUCCGAAACUGCCAUCCACCUGACAGCAUCUGCGCAACCCUGCAACCAAGCUCAAAUGCCUGCUCAUGA